AUCAUAAUGCUGUCUGAGAGUUCAUAGCACAUCUUUGUCUCUUUUGUCUCAUCCUCCCAUGUCUACCGCGACACCACCGGUCAACCCGCUGCACCCACCGCCACCGGCGAAAUACACUGGCCGCAUCCCGAAUACAGCCCUCGCCGCAUCCACAGUCUCAUUCAUUCUCGGCUCGCUGUUCUCGCUCGGCUUCUUCACCUUUGUGGCCGGUCUCUCGAACAAUGGGUUGAAUCAUACCGGAGUAUGGUCUUGGUGGACCACUCCGCACCUUGCCUUCUUUGCAGCCGCGUGGUCUUUCUUUCAUUGGGACGAAUACGCAGUCACUGUGGGAUGGAACUUUGAUAAAAGCAGCGUAGACUCAUUCCUCCUCGAAAACGGAAGCUUGUAUCACAUCGCUCACAGCGUCAGUAUCAUCGAAUAUCUUGUGACGCUCUUCUUCUUUCCUGGCUUCAAGUCGCUGUACCCGCAAUGGCUUGCGGGAAUUGGUCUUGUGCUCGUCUUGGGAGGGCAGACUCUGCGGUCCUGUGCCAUGAUCCACGCUGCCACCAACUUCUCGCAUGCUGUCGCGUUCCGGAAGCGGGACGACCACAUCUUAGUUACUACAGGCGUGUAUGCCUAUCUCCGCCACCCAUCGUAUACGGGGUUCUUCUGGUGGGCCGUUGGUACCCAGAUCGUGCUCGGGAAUCCGAUCUCGGUUGUUGGGUACAUGGUGGUUAUGUGGCGGUUCUUCUACUAUCGCAUCAAGGCUGAGGAGAGGGCGCUGGUUGUUUUCUUUGGGAAAGAUUAUGAAGAAUACCGUAAACGAGUCGGAACGUGGAUUCCCUUCGUUCCAUAAUUUUGUUAGGUUGGUGGAAGCCAUCUGCUGGGGGACUACAUAAUUAUAUUACAGUUCAAUACCUUUCGAAUUCUACGCUCUACCCAGUUCCCGCAAGACUUCCUGCUUUCUGUCUGCGGAAACGGCAUAGUACCCGGCGGUGGACUGUUCGAAUUGCCCAUGACCGCCAGUCAAUGCUCGGAGCUUGAGGGCAUAGUCUAGCAUCUGGCUGAGUGGGGCCUGGGCAACAAUAGUCUGCCUUGCAGCUGGUCCACGGCCUACAUUUCCACCAUUCGUUGAAGGUGAGAGGGAGAGUGGAGGAACAUACACUCCCUCAGUCGAGUAGCCCUCGUCCAGCUCGUCCCCUUCCUUCGUACCACCGAGACUUACAACCCUGCCGCCUCUUUCUCCUAGAUCACGGACGACCCGUCCGACACUAUCUCCAGUCACGGUCACCCGCACAUUGAUCCAAGGCUCCAUGAUAUCACCAGGUCCCGCAGAUUUCAAGUGCUCUCGCAGCAGCACAGCACCGGCUCCUUGCAGGACUGUCGGCGGCGCACUCGGCGGGAGGGAAAAGGACACGACUUGCACGUGAGUUCUGACCAGGGGAAGGGCAGCGAAAGGGGAAUUUGACAAGGCUGUCUGUAUGCCAGCUGCCAGAUUGAUUGUGGGUGACUGAGAUGUGCCGAUGGCUGGAGCGUCGAAUGGUCGAUUGUCCGCAUCGACGACGACAUUUCCGUCCCAUGUAGGAUCCCCCACUUCUUCUUCUGUCAAUGCCCGCACCUUCAGAACAAUCUCCACGGAGAUUGUUGCACCACCAACUUCCGACUUCCACACAUUGCUGGCGUUUGGAUCUCUGAGGGUCGACCCAACGCUUUCUCGAUAACCGACACGUCUGGCACCAAACACGCAAUUGACACCCCAUUCGUCUUUCAGCCGUCCUUCAACGAUCUCCAGGUGCAGAGCACCCAAGCCAUGGGCCAGCAUCUGACCUUCGCUUCCGCUCGUCUCGAUUCGAACACUGGGAUCAGUCCGAGAAAGGGCAAGGAGGGCGUCCUGGACAGGUUGAAGGUCGGCAUGAGCACGAGGAAUCACUGACGCCGAUAUGACCGGCGGAGGAGGCCGAAUCUGAAGCGAAAAGUCUUCGUCGACAUCCUUGACGUUGCUCAGAACAUCUCCAGUUCUGACGCCUCUCAUCCCGAGAAUCACACCGACGGAGCCAAAGCCGAGCUCUUCGACCUCUGCCAUGUCCUGCGCGUAUAACAAAAGCAAUUUCGAGAUGCGUUCCUUCGCGUUGCCUUGGCUCUGAUUCAAAAGGGUGAUGCGUCGCGUGAGUUUUCCUGAAUACACUCGAACGAAAGUCAUCCAGCCAAGGCGCUUGUGCCACGUCACCUUCCAAGCCAGCAGUCGAACGGGUGCAGAUGAACUAGGAACAGGGACCUUGGUUUCCUUCUCGGGAAGCACAUCAAGAGGACUAGCAAACAACCCUCCGAUGUAGUCCAUGACCAAGUCGGUUCCAAUGUGUUUCAUCGCGCUUCCGCAUACAACUGGGAGUAGAUCUCCGCCCAGUGUUGCUUCACGCAGAUUGUUCAUGAGUACGUUGCUCUUGAGUUCCAGAUAGGCGUCAAGGCCGGGCGGGACGGAGCAAAUGUAUUCCAUGAUAUCUUCAGACGUCAUUGCAAUCGCGUCAACCAACGCAAUGCGAGCCGGUCCAAGAUGUUCGAGUAGAGGAUGUCCAGCGGGGAACAAGGGUGUCUCAGCGAGUUCUUCGGAUGUCAAGGGCAGUUUGUGGCGCGUCACAGUGGGGGUUUCGGAUUCGGACGCCGGAGCAUCCCAACGCCAGAGCUCCCAGUUGAGCAGGUCCACGAUGCCCUGAAUACCGGGCUCAGCACGAGUGUAAUCAAUGGGAUCGAAUGAAGCGACGGGCAAUGUCACAGCGACAGGAUGUGGGUGGAGCUGAUGGGAAAGCAGAGACGCUAUGGACGCGCCAAACGACGCGCCUGGGCGGUCGAGUUUGUUCAAGAAUAUCAUCCUCGUCUUGACACCGUACCUUGAGCAAGUAUGUGAACACUGCCUGAAGCACCUGAUGAGGGACUGACCUAUCUAGCUGCUUCCAAACUCCAAGAGUCUGCGCUUCGACGCCUUCGACUGCAUCCAGAAGCACGACAGCACCGUCGACGACUCUGCUGGCGCUUUCAACCUCCAUCCCAAAGUCCGCGUGACCAGGGGUGUCGAUAAGAUUGAACACCCAUUCUUUCCAGCGCACGGGAAUGCUUGCAGACUGUAUCGUAAUCCCGCGCUCGCGCUCAGCAGGAAGAAAGUCGGUGGUGGUGCUUCCGGAGUCGACGGUGCCUGCAGCCGGAAGAUAUUCCGACUUGAGUAAGAUGGAUUCGGUCAACGUGGUUUUGCCCGAGUCUGCAUAGCCCGUCAGAACAGUGUGGAGGAUGUGAGCAGACGUCAGUGACCGAUGUGCGCUACCAACGCGAUGUUGCGAAUCUUUUCCGGUUUAUGGGACGCGGCGGAGGAGACAGCUCGCGUCCAUUUUCCGUAACAUGAAGCACGGAAAGACCGACAUGCGAGAUGUGUCGCUCGCGAAAUUAGCAUACAGUGUCGGAA